AUGCCUACCAUUGGGAUUGACUUGGGAACAACUUCGUGUCGUGUAGGGUUAUGGAAGGAGAAUCACGUUCAGAUUCUCUCCAACGAAGAAGGGAGCAAGAGCACACCCCCGUUUGUGUCCUUCUCUGAGGGGGACGUCGCGGUCGGUGAAUCGGCUAGGAGCAGGGCCUACCGAAAUGCCAAGAAUACGAUCUUCAACGUGAAACGUUUCAUCGGGUGCGAUGAGUUGGUAACGCGAGGCAUAGUCGAAGAAAUGCCUUUCAAUGUUGGCGAACAUGAUGGACGACCUCAUGUCCUCGUUGAUCAUGGCAGAGGUCCGGAGCACUUCCUACCUGAAGAAAUUACCGCACAUGUUCUCGCAGAAGUACGCAGGAUCGCAUCGACGCAACUAGGUGAACCUGUAAAAGAUGCCGUGAUAUCCGUGCCGAGUUUCUUCGACGGCUUUCAACGCAAGUCCACCAGCAUCGCGGGCGUUAUGGCGGGGUUGAAUGUGUUGAGCGUCAUUAGCGAGCCCGUCGCCGCGGCCGCAGCCUAUAAUCACAGAAAGCAGCAGAUCAAUCCCAAUCAGCCCGAAGAAAUAAAGCAAGUGCUUGUCCUUGACUUAGGCGGCGGAACAUUCGACGCGACACUGGUGGUCAUGGACGGCGGUGUCAUCGAAGUGAAAGCAACCGCUGGAACCAAUAAACUUGGAGGCGAGGAUCUCGACACAAGGUUGGUCGACUUCUGCGUUGAGGAUUUCCGUCGACGAAGAGGAAUAGAUAUUAGGCAGAACCAACGAGCACUUCGCCGCUUGCGAAACGCCUGCGAAGUAGCAAAGCGCAAUCUGUCCAUUGCCUCACAAGCAUACAUUGAUAUCGACACGCUGGCCAACGAUUUCGAUUACAAUGUCUCCAUCACCCAGUAUCAGUUCGAUGACAUCUGCCAGGACCUCUUCGCGGCUGUAGUUGACCUAAUCGAAGACGUCCUUCGCAAAGCCAAAGUGAGCAAGGAGAAUGUUGACGACAUAGUCAUGGUCGGAGGGUCAAGCCGGAUCCCAAGAAUCGUCGCCGUCGUGUCUGAUUACUUUGGCAAGGAGCCUGACAAAAGCCUCCACGCGGACGAGGCCGUCGUUUACGGUACCGCUCUGACUGCCGCGAUCAAGAUCGGAACCAGUAGUCCCAUUCUGGAUGAAAUGCUAGUAUUAGACGUGCUCCCGGUGUCCCUCGGAAUUGAGACUCAAGGCGGGACGAUGAUACCAAUAAUGAAACGACAUACAUGUAUACCAGGGAAAAAGGAAGUGAAGUUCACGACCGUCUUCGAUAACCAGCCGACCGUAUUCAUCAAGGUGUACCAAGGGGAGCAUAGUCGCGCUAAGGACAACAGGAUUAUCGGUGUGCUGCAGCUGACGAACUUACCGUUGGCUCCCAAAGGAACACUUGUCAUCGAGAUCAAUCUCGACGUAGCUUCGGCAUUGGAUGUGGUUGUUACCGCACGAGAGACGAAGUCGGGCCAAUCUGUAUCGUCGAAUAUCAGCUUUCAUCUGGGGGAACGGUUUCCUGUCUUCUCUGAUCCAUAUACUGCGAAUUUCGCCAUACAGCCGCUCAGUAAUGGGCCGCCGCCGUCACAGCCUCAGCCUUCUGCACCGAAGCAGGAUGUUCCGGCAGCGCAGACGGAACCUACUACGCCAGCACCCUCGACUUUCGAUCAACGACCAAGUCCCUUCAAUUUCAGCACACCGAACUUCCCGACUCCGACUCCGUUUGCCCAGCCUGCUCCAGUGAGCCCACAAGCGAACACGUUUGAUUUUCGUACCCCGAAUAAUUUUGGUCCUUUUACUCCCAAUCAGGACGCCUAUGGAGUCCCACCACCACCACCACCGCCACCUCUCCAACCCCAACCUCCCCUUGUUCAGCCUAACGGAUACCCUAACGGAGUAACAUCCACCGAGGAGAGGCUGAGGAUAAUGGAAGAAAGAUAUGAUCUGUUGGAAGCAAAGCAUGCAGCUCUGGAGGCCAAAGUGAGGGUGCUUGAAAUCGCCCUUAGUAGUAGGAGAUGA